AUGGCGCAGGAGCUCAAUCAUACGUUUCUCCGCAUGCCACUUGUCCCGACCAUGGGAGUGCCUGUGCAGCUCAGAUUGGCAGGUUUGCUCGAAGCAGCAGACAGCCAGAACCUGACGGCCACUGACUGUACCAUCGGGGACUCGGGCCGCGUCCUGCGCGCCAUCAUGCAGCACGCGAACUACUUCGCGCUAGAGACCUCCUUUGUGGGGGUCAAACUGCAUCAGGCGGCGCAGUUUGCACUAGAUGUUUUGCUGCCGUUGUUGGGGAGGCCGCGGCACAUUCAGUUAUGCACCGAUGGUUCUUUCAAAGAUUUCAGUGGCAGUUCAUGGGCUUUUGCAGCGGUGGCUCUUGGAGAAUCGGGUUCAGUAUCCUUUCUUGGGUUUGUGAAAGGCUAUAUCUCCGACACCUCCGCUAUCCCCUUGGACCCGUCCAUAUGGAAAGACACCAUCUUAUCUAGCACUACGGUGGAGCUCUUUGGGAUACUCUGGGCCUCCAUCUGGGCGCUAGGCUAUUUUGCCGUUCAGCUGAAACAUCAUGAACUCAGCCUACCUGCCUGCACCAUCUUCUCGGACUCUACAUCAGCAAUCGGACUAGCUAAUGGGGAGUUCGGGGCCUCCAACAACCAGGGUCUGGCCGCUCUGCUGCAUCCUGUGUUUAUGUUAGCCAAAUGGACCCUGGGGGUGAUUGUGCACGUUGGAGGACACGCCAACAACCCGUGGACAGAGCUGGCAGAUAGUCUAGCGAAAUCCGAGGACGCCAAAGUCACCAGGUACAAGGACUUCCUGAUUAAUGAGCUCCGCCACUCGCCCGCCCUAGACUGGUGUUGGACCAAGUUCGUCACUCCCAGCAUGCUCGCGGCGUAUCCUUUUUUCCCAGAGGCAGGUGGCAAGUUUACGCUGCCGCACAAGGAGGUACGAUGCGAUGAACCUCCCCUUGAGCAAGGCAUGUCCUCGACCAAGAGCAAGGCGAGGAUCACGUUCAGUUUUAAGGUCAUGACAUACAAUGUAUGCUCGGCGCUGGACAGGGGGCCUGGGACCACGGGGACUAAAGGGCACCGAAGAGGAGACCUCAUCAGGAACCAGAUCCUUGCCCAGGACUACCUCCUCGUGGGCAUCCAGGAAGCCAGGAACGUCUCGGGCAAGAGGACCCCCAAGGGAUUCAUCAUCUUGGCCUCGGGGGCUCAAAAAGGCAAUCUGGGUUGCGAGCUGUGGGUCUCCGCCAGCGCCCCAUACGUCUACGUCGACGGGGCCCCCAAGUACCUCACGGGCAAGCACCUGGUAGGCCUACAGGACCCCGACAAGGUGCAGCUCUUUAUGUCUUUGAUACGUGAAAUACCGCAGGUCCCCAUCAAGCCUCACAUCACCCCAGACAUCCUACAGGCCAUCCAGUACAGAAGACGGAUCAGGCAUAUUCUCAGGACAUGGAGGCGUCUGGACGGCGGUGCAGUUGAGCAGUCACUCAUGCACCUGGACGUCGGGUCGCCAGUUUACGACGCACCCCCAGAUUGUUUCAAGCUGCGCACUGUCGCCGUCACGGACGGCAUAGCAGAGUUCAAGGCAGACAAUAUCCGCAUGCAUGAACUGAUUGAGGUGCUAGUGCAGUGCCUCCGCGACACUGGAAGUUGUUUGAAGAGACUCCCCAAGGAGGCGAGAGGGCAUACCCUCGAGCAACUGUCAUUGGAGGUCGAAGCCGCAGCGGACUCCUACAACCCAGGGCUAGAAUGGAAGAUACUCCGCCAACUUCAGAGAUUUGGAGGCCGUCCCCCCAACGGCUCCACGGACUUCCCCAUUCGGAUGGACUCCCAAGGGGACCUCAUCCAGUCCUCCAAGGAUCUCGCCCAGGAGGUCCUGAAGUUCUUCGGAUACAUCGAGAAUGCAGACACCGUUGAUUGGGAGGACCUCAUGUCGGAUUAUAAUCAGAACCCCAAGAUUCCGUCACAG